AUGCCUGGUUCCUGCGAGGUUUGUUCUUCGGAACCAUCCAAAUACCGCUGCCCAGCAUGCGGGCUAAUGAGCUGCUCACUUGCAUGUACCCAAUCCCAUAAGAUCUAUUGCGCGCCCAAAACGACCCCAGCGAACACGAUCGAGGAAACAACCGAGACAUCAGCCUCAGCCACAAAUCUUCAACACUCGAUCGCAGAUGGUGACACCACCCCUGAAGCGGGUAAUAUCCCAGACCAAAUCCAAGGCCAAGGCCAAGGUCCACACAGUGGUUUUCGUUCCGGUUCCUCCACUGCAGCUAUAGCAAGCUCUACAGAGAUCCAGACACUUCUCCAGCGCUACCCACAGCUACGUACCCAGUUAGCCGAGAUCUACCGUGCAGCCCAGGAAGAGGAAUGGGUCGAGUGGUAUAAUCCGCCGACUCGAGGACGGGGCGGGCAUGGUCGGGGAGGGAAGGGUUCUACGCGUCGUAGUCGGGGACCUUGGACUGCCGAGAAAGGAUUUAAUCGUGCUUUGGGGAAGGUGCGGAAGAUGAGGCAGGAUUGUGAAGAUGGAACAGAGACUGGGGUGCCUGCCGAGGCGUUUAUGCAAUUUUUGAACCUGGUUAAUAGUGGGUUGGGGGGUCAGAUCCCUUCGGCACAGGAACAGGGACAGACACCGGCACAGUCAUUAGAAUAA